GAAGUUCCCAUUGCAAGCUUCCACAUUAAAGUAGAAGAUGUGUCGUAGAGUCUGACGAUGGUUUUCCACACGUGAUCGUCUGAUCAUCGACAGAACAUCAACAAGACUCUAAUAACCUGACGAUAAUAUGAGCAAGGAAGAAAAGAACAGUUUCGUAUCCGCCGAACAUCAUCAUGUUCAGCAUCAGCAAUUUGAGCCUCAGUACGGCACCUUCCAAGGCGUCCCCAACUAUCCUCCUCCUCCUCCGCCUCCCGUCAUCGGCUUGCCUCAGCCUGCCCCUCCGCCUGGCGCCUUCCAGCCCUCCGCUCCUCCGUCCUAUCCUCCUCAGUACUAUGCUCAUGGAUAUCAAUCCGUUCCGGGUUAUGCAGUCGCCGAGGGAACACCAGUGAGAGAGCGCCGCCUUCCUUGCUGUGGUAUUGGUUUUGGCUGGUUCCUGUUUAUUAUUGGCUUCUUCCUUGCUGCCAUCCCCUGGUAUGUUGGGGCACUUGUUCUACUGUGCUCCAGAAUUGAUUACCGGGAGAAACCUGGAUAUAUUGCUUGCACAGUUGCUGCUAUCCUUGCUACCCUUGCUGUUAUUCUUGGUGUUACAAAUAGAGCCGAUGACUGGUGAUCUUGGAGUGAUGUGUUGCAUAUGCAACAAACUGGAUCUAUGCACUCGUCGCCAUUUGCUGGAACUUUACUUUGUGUUUAUAUGUUAUGUAUCUUUGACGGUUUGCAUAGUGAGAGGUGUCAAUGGUCAGCUGCACUUUAAAUUGUUACAAUGCAUCAAUGCUGUUCGUGGCGUUUUAAGGACGAAUUUUGGUCAAAAUACAGACAUGAAACUCUGAAGACAAAAUGCAUUUGUUUUAUUU